CCCACUCGCGCGGCGGUAGCGGGUUGGGCGCAAGGUUCUGCCUAGCACUUCCGCCAGCGGCUAGUUGUCGGGGCCGAGGCAUGGAGGAGGGCUAGCAGGCUGCGGCGAGACCGAACGGGGCCGAGCCGGGCGAGAAGCGCGGCGGGCAGGCCACGAGCGGGCGAACAGGCGUGCGCGAGGCGGGGCGCGCGGCAUAUUGCCGAUGAAAUGUUCUUUUUUGGGGUCAAAGUGUGAGUAUAUCUGAAUGCAGAGAGCCUCGUCUAUUCACAAAUAAACCCAGGAUAAAUAAGCCUCAACAAAGAGGAUCUCUUCUGUAGGACUUUCUGCUAAGGAAGAAUUGGAGGUUGGACAGAUGAGGCAGAGAGAUGAAAUUUCUUCAGUAAUUCAGACAAAUGAUGACAGUGAACCAAGACUGAGUGAUACUGAGAAGAAAGGAGAAAUGUUAGGACUGAUGAAGCAAAACAAGAGGGAAAAAACAAGGUACAGAAUGAGCACAUGCUGUUGGUGUACUCCAGGUGGUACUUCCACCGUUGAUGUCCUAAAGUGCUAUGCAUCUAGCACUGGAUCAAGUGAAUUUCAAACAGCUGAUGAAGACCUCUGCUAUUGCUUAGAGUGUGUGGCUGAGUACCACAGAGCCAGAGAUGAGGUGCCAUUCUUGCACGAGGUUUUAUGGGAACUAGAAACCUUACGCCUCAUAAAUCACUUUGAGAAGUCUAUGAAGGCAGAAGUUGAAGAUGAUGAUGAACUAUAUAUAGUCGACAACAAUGGAGAGGAACAGCUAUUUGACUGUAGUGGCCAAGAUUUUGAAAAUAAGCUUCGAGUUCCUCUUUUUGAAAUACUGAAGUAUCCUUACUUGCUUCUGCAUGAGCGUGUUAAUGAACUGUGUGUGGAAGCACUUUGUCGAAUGGAACAAACCAAUUGCUCCUUUCAGGUGUUUGACAAAUAUCCAGGGAUCUAUUUGUUUUUGGUUCAUCCCAAUGAAAUGGUUCGGCGAUGGGCUAUUCUGACUGCAAGAAACCUGGGGAAAGUGGACAGAGAUGACUAUUACGACUUGCAGGAAGUUUUAACUUGCCUUUUUAAAGUCAUUGAGUUGGGGCUUUUGGAAAGUCCAGACAUUUACACAUCUUCUGUGCUUGAGAAAGGCAAACUGAUCCUUCUGCCUGCGCACAUGUAUGAUACUACCAACUACAAAAACUAUUGGUUAGGUAUUUGCAUGUUGCUGACCAUUCUUGAAGAGCAAGCUAUGGAUUCACUGUUGUUGGGUUCAGACAAACAAAAUGAUUUUAUGCAGUCAAUCCUUCACACCAUGGAGAAGCAAUCGGAUGAUGACAACAUGGAUCCUUUCUGGCCAGCAUUACACUGUUUCAUGGUGAUUCUGGAUCGCCUUGGAUCAAAAGUGUGGGGUCAACUUAUUGACCCCAUUGAGGCAUUUCAAACCAUUAUUAACAAUGUGAGCUACAACAGAGAGAUCCAAAAUAUACGGAAAAACUCCAUAAGGACCAAGCCAGAACCGGAGCCACAUUUUGAUGAUAUGGUGACGUGCAGCCAGAUUGUCUAUAACUAUAAUCCUGAAAAGACCAAAAAGGAUUCAGGGUGGAGAUCAGCCAUUUGUCCAGAUUAUUGUCCUAACAUGUAUGAAGAAAUGGAAACGUUAGCCAGUGUCCUUCAGUCAGAUAUCGGUCAAGACAUGCGUGUUCAUAACAGUACCUUUCUGUGGUUCAUACCUUUUGUUCAGUCACUCAUGGAUCUUAAGGAUUUGGGUGUAGCUUACAUUGUAGAAGUUAUUCAUCAUCUAUACUCUGAAGUCAAAGAUGUUCUCAACCAGACAGAUGCAGUGUGUGACAAAGUCACUGAAUUUUUUAUUCUGAUUUUAGUAUCUGUGAUUGAACUGCAUAGAAAUAAGAAAUGUUUGCAUCUGCUGUGGGUGAGUUCUCAGCAGUGGGUAGAAGCUGUUGUAAAGUGUGCCAAGCUUCCUACCACUGCAUUUGCACGAAGUUCUGAGAAGUUACCUGGAAAUAUCCCCAAGGGAGCAGCAAUAAUAUCACCAUUGACAUUACAUUCAGUGCCCUCCAACUCUGUCCAGCUUGCUUGUGUGCAGUUGAUUAGGGGACUCCUCAAAGAAGGUUAUCAGCUUGGUCAGCAAACACUUUGUAAGCGCUUCUGGGAUAAACUUAACUUAUUCCUUCGAGGAAAUUUAUCUCUGGGUUGGCAGUUGUCUACUCAAGAAACCCAUGACUUACAAAUGUGUUUGAAACAAAUAAUUAAAAACAUAAAAUUCAAAAUGCCCCAGUAUAGCACUUUUGGGGAUCUGACUUCUAUAUGUAAAACUUCUCCAUCUUUUAAAGAAGAAAGUGAACAGACAGACAGGAAGCCUAAAAAAGACAUUUAUUGCCUGGAAUAUUGCAGCCCCACAUCUUCUAAAGAAUCAGAGAAAGCUGACAGCAAUAAAGUAUUGAUUAAAGCAAAUAAUACAGAAGAGGGGGGCAUCAAGCAGCAUUACAUUGAUUUGAAUGAAGACAAGCCUCUUCCAGCUGGAUGGUGCUUGAAGGAGAAGAAUGAGGCCCUUUUUUCUGAAUGUGCUCAAGAGCAAGUUAAAGUAAGCACAGAGAAGUCUGUAAAAGAAAACUCUUCAUAUACACCACAGAAUAAUACUUUAAGAAAUGGCCUAGAAUGGGAAUGUGACAGAGGAGUAAUAAUAUCAAUGCAUUCAUUGACUGAUUCUAGCAUGGAUUCUUUGGAAAAGGUGUCUACAUCAAAUGAAGAUGUCUCAUUAAAGAAUGAAAUUGUUGGCAAAAACUCAAAACCAAAGUCUAAAGCACAGAAGGAUGAGAUUUGUGCAAAGUUGUCACAUGUCAUAAAGAAACAACACAGGAAAAGUACUUUGAUCAAUAACACUAUUAGUCUAGAGGAAAAUACAGCUUUGUCUGACCUUGAGAACUCCUGUUCAGGAAAAGAUAGAGGGUUUCUAAAGGAAGAUACUAUCACACGUGAUGUGUCUUUAGACCCUGUUUCAGAUAAUGAACAUGGAGAGCAAUAUUCUCAAAAGAGUUCAUUGUUAAAAAAGAAACAGUUAAAGUGCGAGGAGUUAGGUAAUUCUGAUGGGAAAAAGUGUCAAAUCCAGGAAUGCCAUGCUGUUGCUGAUUUGUUACCAGUUACUGAUAGACUGGUGAAGAAUACUUCAUAUGAGGGUCCUGCAAAGGUUGAAGUUGAAUCAAGAGAUAAGAAAAUGAGAAAGAAUACAGUGCUGACUUCUAACAUGGCAAAAGGACAGGUACCUCAUGACAAUAGCAAGUCUUUGGUAACAGGUCCUCAGAUAGACCUUUGUAACAUAGCUUUAAUAGCUCAAACCACUGUUAUUCAAUUUCCAUCAGGUUCAAGUAAAAGUCCAUCUCAGCUACAAAGAAAAGAUGAUAUAAGAUGUUUGACAGCUAACCCAAACAGUGCUGAUACCCGCCAUGGGCAAAUUAUUGUUAUUUCAGAUUCUGAUGAAGAUGAUGAUGAGAGAAGUCAUGGCAUUGAGAAACACAUCAAACAGGACAAAGUAUACAUGGAGAAAGAAUGUCCAGGGCAGCAUGGGUCAGUAGUUAAUACCAUUGUGGAAAAGAAGCUUAUAAAGGAAGAAGAAACAAAAUACCCUGUUGAAUUUGAGGACUCUGAAUCUCAAGUUUUUGAGUUUGAAAGUUCUUCUGAAGUGUUCUCAGUUUGGCAAGAUCAUAAAGUAGACAGCAAGAACUCCCUUCAAGAGGAAGGAAGAAGCUAUGUAACUGAUGUAGCUGAUAGUACAAACGAUAAUUUGGGUUGUGGUGUAGACUCUGUGUCUGAAGAGGUUGUUAGGAAUGAAGCAGAGGAUAUUGAAGAGCAUACAGAACCACACAGUAGUGUUUCUGUUGAGGGAUUUUGUAAAACUAGAGGAAAACAUAAGAGAAAACAGUGUGAGAGAGUUACAACUGAAGAUGCUCAGAAACCUUCAUUUUCCUUCAUAACUGAGCAAUCGACUGAUGACCGAGAUUUUGCUGGAAGUGAUUUAAAAAGCACAGACGUAGGGACAUCAGCUCUCAGUUCAAGUGUUGAGAGAGAUUCUACAGUUUCAUUGAUUUCUACAAAACUUAGUACUCACUCUAAACCUGUUAGGAAAGUUCCAGCUUCUAAGGCGAUUAAGAAAACAUAUUUAGACACCAAAAGAGGUCGGAGUAAGAGUUCAUGUUACAUCAGCUGUAGAACAUCUCUUGCUGUUGUGCCGCCAAAGAAAGUUCGCCAGUAUCCCCAGCCAUCUUCAGCGCCUGAAAAACUUGGUCUAAGAAAAGCUCCCCGGAAGGCAUUUGAGUUGUCUCAGAGGUCUUUGGAGUAUACAUCCCAAUUACGUGACCAUGGUAAGACUGUUGGAGUAGUUAACAUUCCCAGAAAGGCUAAAUUAAUUCAGUCCUUCAAAAGUAAGAAGUUUCUGACAAGCCAGGAAUUUCAAUUUCACAGUUUUCAUAAAAAACGAGACCUUGAUUAUAAAAAUACCGAUACUGUGAGAACAGGACUGUGCACGGUUCUGGGCUCCGACGUACUUGUCCCAGACUCUGAUGGGCCAGAUAAUCAUAGAGGAAGUGAGCCACCUGCCAACAGUAAUGAAAAACAAUUAGCAAAAUGCAUGCCUUCUAAACCAGAAGUGGCAAAAGCCAUUUCCUAUCCUCAGGUGAUUGAUAUAGCUGGUCUUGUGAACCAGUGUGAGUCUAGAGUGUUAAGUGAAGCAGUGCCGACAGAUGUGGUGGUCCCUACUUCGGAGGACCCUGUGGGUGAAGAUGCUCUCACAGUGCAAGAUGAGGAAGUGGCAGCUGUGAAGGCUACAGAGCCAGAAUCUGGUAGUGAUACAGAUGAUGACAAUUUAUUCCUAACACAACAUGAUCCUCUAGAUAUGGAUCUGUGCUCACAGAUGGAAAAUAAACCAAUUAUAGUUGCUCAUAAAGAUACAGUUCAGAAACAAGAUUCUGUAAGUCAGCCUCAGUUGGAGUCUUUGAGUGUCACAAAGUGUAAGUACAAAGACUGUGUUGAAUCCACGAUAAACCAGAGUGAAUACUGCCCAAGACAUUCUGAAGCUAAACCAGCAGAUGACGACGUUUUUCGUAAACCUCUUUCUGUAGCCAGGCCCAGGCUCAUGAGACCUACUACUACCAAGAUAUUUAGCAGUGCUUCACGAACUGCCAAUUUUUCCAAGUCUUUAGAAAGUACCAUUCUUCAGUCAGCACUAAAAAAGCCGAGUGUGGCACAGCCUAAUUUGAAGGUGACACCACCCUCUUACCUGGUGUCUCAGAAGCCAGUGGCUGAGGUGAAAAGUUUAUGCAGUAUUUCUCAUUUUCGGACUCCAGGCAGUUCCAGCAGACAUUGUUACAAGCCUAUACUUAGUGAGAACAAGCCUAUGUCAGCUUCCUCUCGAGUGAAUAUUUCCUUACCAUCACAGCCUAUCUUUGACACCUUCAUUAAGGAGGUCUUAAAAUGGAAAUACCAAAUGUUUUUGAACUUUGAUAAAUGUGGCGCCCCAACAAGUCUCUGUCAAUCUAUCUCAAGACCUGUGCCUGUCCGAUUUCAAGAUUGUGCAGAGUAUUUUAAUGUUUUUCUCCCUUUGAUUAUAUUGAAUACUUUUGAAACAGUGGCACAGGAAUGGUUCAACUCUCCAAAUAAAGAGAAUUUCUAUCAUUUGCAUUUACGAAAAUUUCCAGCCGACUAUAAAAAAUACUGGGAGUUUAUGAUUUACCUGGAGGAAUCUGAACUAGCUAAACAGCUUCAUCCAAAGGAAAAUGAUCUGGUGUUUUUGGUUCCUGAGAGUCUAAAUAGAGAGGAGAAAGAUAUGGACGAGAAUGACAUGCAAGAUCGAAAUGCCUAUUACUGUGGUUAUGUUCAUAAGUUUCGUCGUACUUCAGUCAUGAGCAGUGGAAAAACUGAGUGUUCCUUGUGCAUCCAGACACAAAAUAACUUGGCAGCCAAACUACAUGAACUUACAAAAUGUCUUGUAAUCAGUUCUCUAGUAACUACACAGAGGAAAUUGAAAGCCAUGUCUUUGUUGAGCGGUCGGAACCAGUUGGCCAGAGCUGUUCUAAAUCCAAACCCCAUGGACUUCUGUACCAAAGACCUAUUAACUACAACAUCUGAAAGAAUUAUUACCUACCUAAAAGACUUCAAUGAAGAUCAAAAGAAAGCCAUAGAAACUGCAUAUGCAAUGGUGAAACACUCACCAUCUGUUGCCAAAAUCUGUUUGAUUCAUGGACCACCUGGAACAGGAAAAUCAAAAACCAUUGUUGGUCUCUUGUACCGCUUAUUGACAGAGAACCAGAGAAAGGGCCAUUCAGAUGAAAACUUCAAUGCCAAAAUCAAGCAAAACCGGGUCCUCGUGUGUGCACCAUCCAAUGCAGCUGUUGAUGAACUUAUGAAAAAAAUUAUCCUUGAAUUCAAAGAAAAAUGUAAAGACAAGAAGAAUCCUUUGGGAAAUUGUGGAGAUAUAAAUUUAGUACGACUGGGUCCAGAAAAGUCUAUUAAUACGGAGGUCCUAAAAUUUAGUUUGGACAGCCAAGUCAACCACAGAAUGAAAAAAGACCUGCCUUCUCAUAUUCAAGAAAUGCUGAGAAGAAAAGAGUUUCUAGAUGGUCGACUCGAUGAACUUUCUCGUCAGCGAGCUCUGUGUCGAGGUGGGCGGGAGAUGCAGAGGCAAGAAUUAGAUGGACACAUUGUCAAAGUUUCAAAAGAAAGGCAGGAACUUGCUUCAAAAAUUAAAGAGGUUCAGGGACGUCCACAGAAAACACAGAAUACGAUCAUCUUGGAGUCUCAUGUCAUCUGCUGCACAUUGAGCACAAGUGGUGGUUUGCUGCUUGAGUCUGCUUUUCGAGGGCAAGGGGGUGUCCCCUUUAGUUGUGUCAUUGUUGAUGAGGCUGGGCAGUCUUGUGAAGUUGAAACACUUACUCCACUUAUCCACCGCUGCAACAAACUUAUCCUAGUAGGAGACCCCAAACAGCUUCCUCCCACCGUCAUUUCUAUGAAAGCACAGGAGUAUGGGUACGAUCAGUCAAUGAUGGCACGAUUCUGCAAGCUGCUUGAAGAGAAUGUGGAACAGAACAUGAUUGGCAGACUGCCGGUUUUACAGCUUACCAUUCAGUAUAGGAUGCAUCCAGACAUUUGUCUCUUCCCUUCUAAUUAUGUUUAUAACAAAAACUUGAAAACAAAUAGAGGCACUGAAUCUGCUCGAUGUUCAUCAGAGUGGCCAUUUCAGCCCUACCUUGUGUUUGAUGUUGAAGAUGGUUCAGAACGACGGGAUAAUGACUCAUAUAUAAAUGUUCAAGAAAUAAAGUUGGUGAUGGAAAUAAUUAAGCUUAUUAAAGACAAAAGAAAAGAUAUUUCCUUCCGAAAUAUUGGCAUAAUAACCCAUUACAAGGCUCAGAAGACUAUGAUCCAGAAGGAUUUGGAGAAAGAAUUUGACAAGAAAGGUUUAUUACAGCCCAUCAUGAUGGGGGAGUCAAGGCAGCAGGACCCUGAAGCAUCCAGUCAGAAGAAGAAGAGCAGUGAAUGCAUGCAUGCUAGUGAUGAGCUCGAUUUCUCCACUUUUACACAGUCUGGGAUCUCCUGCGUAGAGAAUGGUGUCACCCACACUGGGCCUGCAGAAGUGGAUACAGUGGAUGCCUUCCAGGGCCGGCAGAAAGACUGUAUAAUUGUUACAUGUGUCAGGGCAAGUUCUGAGCAAGGCUCAAUUGGAUUCCUGGCGAGUUUGCAGAGAUUGAAUGUCACCAUUACACGAGCCAAAUACAGCCUUUUUAUCCUUGGACAUUUGAGGACUCUGAUGGAAAACCAACAUUGGAAUGAACUGAUUCAGGAUGCUCAGAAGCGUGGGGCCAUUAUUAAGACCUGUGACCCACACUAUAGACAUGAUGCAAUGAAGAUUCUGAAACUGAAGCCUGUGCUGCAGAGGAGUCUGACUCAUCCUCCAGCCACUGCCCCAGAGGCACCCAGACCUCAGGGUGGCUUGCCCAGCAACAAGCUAGACAGCGGACAUGCCAAGACACCUUCUGCUGCUUCUCUGUACCACACGCCCUCUGACACUGUCACUUCAAAGGAACCUGAAAGGAUACCUCCUCAAGACCGACUUCGAGAUCCACGACUACUUAGAAGAUUGGAUACUGAAUCCAAGGGAGCAUCCCUGAAAGAUCCACAGUCUUUGGGCUCCCAUUGCGUUCCUUCGAUUUUACAGGACCCGAAUUUUGUUGUGGGACCAUCCACUGCUGUCGUUGCUCCUCUGAGUAGCCACAGGUCACCUCUACAGGCUGAGCCACCGCCUGCUCACCCUGCUGCUCCUACCACAAGUAAGAGGAAGUACAGUGCCCCAGACUCUGGGUUCAGUCACAGAAGAGAGCCUAGGGCCUUUGGUGAAGAAGAAAGGCGUGGCUCUGUGAGUCAUCACAUGCUGAGGAGUGCUGACUGGGACAGGAGGAGGCUGGAGCAGGAGCCCAGCAGUGCCAAGAAGAGCCGGUUUCCAUAGUAGCUCCUGGUGAUGAGACUGUCGUUUACGCGUAGCUAGUGGCACCAUACAGAUAAGCUGGGUUUUAUUUUGUUCCCUUGAAGAAUCUGUGUUAAAGGAUGGAAAUACCUCUGACCCUUGGGCUGUUGGUCAUCUUCAGUAUUUUUUGCCAGUUAUAUACAUUUCGAGAGGGUGUUUGUAUAUUUCUAAUGUCCCUGAGGCCAAAAAUUCAAAAUGGUGGGAUCUUUUGUUUCAUAGAAAAGGUCAGGUCAAAUGAAUGUUGUAAAGGUUAAACUGUGAGUCUUUGUAGCACAUUUAAAAUCCUUCAAAAAUAUAAGCAGGUAGAUGACAUUUCCUUCCUCUGCUGAAAACAUUAGUCAUUUUCCAACAGAACAAACUUAGUUAGGAGGACAAUUCCUUUUGGUCCUGUGAGGUAGACAAGUUUCUUUACCAGCCUUGGUACUGGAAGUUAGCCAAGUUGGUACCAGCGACCAGUGUCUUGAAUAAAAAACUGCUAGGGUCUCUUGGGCCUUGAGAAGGCAGCAUGUCGGGAGCUGUUGUGCACUUUGAGACAAGGCAGCUUGGCACAGGGCAUUACUGUAACUCACUCACCUAUAUUAGUGUAUGACUUAGUUUUCUGGCUAAAUUUCCUUCCCUUCUCAGAACAGAAGAACAAUUCUUGAACUGUCAGAUGUUCCCAGUGUUUCAUAAGGUUGAUGUAACUGCUGAGUUGGAGACACUUACUGAAUGGAAGAUUUGUACUGGCCUGGCCUGUGCAGGUUGCUUGGGAAGGCUUGAGGGUUGCUAGAAAAAAAGAGUGGAUGCUUUUGGGGGAAUUUCUUUGGGAGCUGCACAGGACAGCAGAUAGUGCAUCUCAGGCAGAAAAGAUAUGUGAGAAAGAGAAAGCUGCCACCUGGGCUUCAGGACCUUGCAGUAGGUGGGAGUGUUGUACUACUGGGUGCCUGGCCUCCAUCACCUAGUAUGCCUGUGAGAGGAACUGGAGUCAGGACAAGGGCGGGCUGCCUAACCAGUCAGGUUUCCAAACCUCCAUAUAGCAGAGCAUGUGAAUGUGAGGGUCUGGUGACUGCUGUACAUACAGCCCAUUAGCUGCUUUGGGGAGGAAGGCAUCUCUGAAAAUUAAUGUUUGCUGUUUGGAAUUCUGUCAUCUGUUCUUAAACAAAAGGAUUUUUGAAAUUCUGCUGAAGCAGGUUUUAUUUGUUAAGAGCUUUUGAAAAAACAGUGUGCAUUUCGCCAAGUUUCCUGAGCUCUCUCUUUGCACAGGUGCGCAGACAUGUACCCUUAAUGUCUCCUGGACACUUGUAAAACUAGGGAGUCGGAAUCUUCAGAGUGCUUCAGCCUCCUGGCUGGACCCAGCUAGGUGGGAAGUAAAUCCGCUCUGGCUAGGGCAAGGGUUAAUAAGUCUCUUGCAUGUGACAUUGGCAGGAAACCUCACUGUUACUUGAAAUUUUCUUUCCUGGUGUCUUUUAAGAAGUACUCAGGUUAACAGGGAUUUGAGAAUGUGACCACUUUAGGAAAAGUGGACUUCUGAGUGGGGUGUGCGUGACAAAACAGCAGUGACCAGGGCAUUUCCCUCUGCUCACGUUACCGCAUAGGUGAAGGAACAUGUUUUAAAAAGACGAUUUUCCAAAACAUGUGGUUGGCUGCCACCCAGAGUAUUGUAUAGAAUGGCAUGUUUGUUCAUCUGCAGACUCGCUGCUAACCUCAUCAGAGUAUGUGAGAAUUAGGAGGGUCUUGAAACCCUGUUUAUUUUGUGAGUGUAAGAGCUACUGGGACUAGACUGUGGCCAGGGCCUUGAGUCCUUGUAACCUCCUUUCCAGCAACCAGGCCUCGCCUUCGAACACUCUCAGCAGAAUAUAGUUAUGUGGCAUUAGAGUUUGAAACCUUAUUUAUUUCGGUUGGCAAAGGUAUUUUCAGAAAGUGUUUGCUGUUUCGGGUGCUGUUGUGAGCAGUUAAGGCUGACAAGGUGAAAAGUUGACAUUGUCCUUUCUGUGGUUAAAGGAACUUUCCCUGUCUACUUUCAGAAUGUUAUUCCAGGCGAAUGUAUACCUGUCUUAUUUUGCUUUAAUUUAAUUUACCACAGUUUGUUCAGUUAUGCUUUCAUGAAUUAUCAGGAGCAAAUUUGAACAAAAACAUGUGAAUAAUCUCCUGUAAAUGAGUUUUAUAACAAGAGUGUACUAAACUAUUUUCUAAAAUUACGCACAUUGGGAAUCUUUCUGUAGCUUUGUGUUUUGUAUGCUCUGGUUUCAUAACUGGAUUUUAACAAAUAUAAACCUGUUAUCUUUGUUAAUAGAAAAUGGGAGAAUUAAAAACAAAAGAAAACUGA